UUGAAACAAUCUUCUCCUUAAACAUUAUUAAGUGUGGCAAAGACAUCACCAUUUAUGACAUUGAACUAAUAAUUAGAAGGCAUUCGCAACUAGAAUAAACGACCGCUCGGAAACAAACGGUCGUUUCUAGGAAGACGUUAAAAAGCUUUUGAUACCCAUCAUUGUCGUUUUUGUGAAUAAAAUGUUAUAUUUUUGUAAUAUUUGUGAUGUACCGUAAAAUGAUUAAAGAACUGGACGUUUAAUUAACUAAAAUAAUCUUAUAAGUACAAACAAAAAUUCAAGUGAAUUAAAAUUUUCAAAGAUUUUUCUUGGUGUUCUUUGAGGCAGUGUCUUAAGCCCAAUACAAUUUAAGUACUUUUGUGGUUGUUCCCGGUAAAUCAAAACCUAUUCUAAAAGAACUAAGGUAUAAAAUCAUAAAACGACAAAAUGGUGCAAGUUAAGCGUAUAGUAAACUCAAUAGUGUUAGUGUUUUUGUUAAUACGGACAGUUGUAGUGUUUUCUAGAGAUUUGAGUGAAAAGGACAGAAAUUCAAGAGCUAAGUACAUACAAAAAUUAAUAAAUAAACAGAAGAAAUAUGAAGGACGGAUUAAAUUGUCUGGAGGACCAAAUAGAUAUGAAGGAAAUGUAUACAUUUACCAUGCCGGACGGUGGGGUGCUGUGUGCGAUGAUUCCUGGGACAAUCAGGCGGCUACAGUCGUUUGUAAAAAGUAUAAUAAAACUGGAAUUGCUACAGUUGGCUCGAAAUACGGCAACGCUACUGAAAAGUUUUGGCUAGACGACGUUAUAUGCCAAGGCGAUGAGUCAUCCUUAUCAAGAUGUGCAUUCAAGAGGUGGGGAGCAUCUGAUUGUAAGAAAGACGAGGCGGCUGGAGUCAAAUGUCUUAAUGGAACUAAUUCAUCAAAUCUAAUGAGAAGAAAAACUAGGGGAAAGAAACUUCAUGAAGUUUUAGACAUUCGGAAUGCUAGCAUGAGACUUGUUGGUGGAAGGGAUUUUAGAGAAGGACGGGUAGAGAUAUACCACAACGGUAUUUGGGGCAGCAUUUGCCCAGAAUCCUGGUCCUUCUACGAAGCUACUACUGUCUGCCAGCAUCUUGACUUGGGCUAUGCUGAGGAGGCCCUUAUAACCUUCAAAUAUGGUUUCUCGAACAUCAUCCUCAGCGGAGUGCAUUGUGAGGGCAAUGAGAAGAGCCUCUUUCAAUGCAGGCAUUGGGAAUUUGGGAAUGUCAUGUGUAAAAGUGAAAAAGGUCAUGUAGCAGCUGUGGUAUGCACUCAAAAACUAGCCGACCUCAUCCUAGACACGACUACUAUAGAACGAACAGCUCAUCUCCAAGAUGCCAUGAUGUAUAUGCUGCAAUGUGCGAUGGAGGAAAACUGCUUAAGUCGGAGUGCUUAUGAGUUAAAGAAAAACACUCGGGAUUGGCAGUAUGAAACGCGGCGAUUGCUCCGUUUCACCGCGUCUUCGUUCAAUGGCGGCAACGCUGAGUUCAGACCAUACCUCCCGAAGCAUUUAUGGCAAUGGCAUAUGUGUCACAUGCAUUAUCACAGCAUGGAAGUCUUUGCUAUCUUCGAUGUUUUGGAUGAGAACGGGGUCAAAGUAGCAGAAGGACAUAAGGCAUCAUUCUGUUUGGAAGACAACACUUGUUUACCUGGAGUCGACAAGAAGUACUCCUGCAAGAAUUAUGGUGAUCAAGGUAUAUCAGUGAACUGCUCAGAUGUCUACAUGUACAAUAUCGAUUGUCAAUGGGUCGACGUGACUGAUGUGCAGCCCGGAGAUUACACCUUCAAGGUGGCAGUGAAUCCCCAUGCACGGGUCGCAGAACAAUCUUACCACAACAACGCAGCGACGUGUCGUCUACGACUCACGGAUAGCUACGCCACGGUCUACGACUGCCAGCUCGGAAGACCAUUUAUAUAAUCGCUACGACCGGUCUACGCCGUAGACGGAAACCUGUAUGCUUUAGGGAUGAGGAUGUUUUUUUCGAAGCUCGCCUGUUCUUUAAUGCAUAAAGGCUAUGUAGUUUAUUUCUUUUGUCUCAGAAACACAAAAUGAUCUGAUUGCAAGGAAUAUGACUUUCGCGUGACGUCACGAUUGUAUGUAAAUUUGACUUUACUAAACUUUAAAGCAGUCCCAUAAGAUUUGUAGAUUCAAUUGUAUUUUUACUUUCCAAUAGAGUAAUAAAUGUAUGCAUGUGUAUAGGUGAUAUAUUAUAAAGUAACUCAAAAGUUUUGUCUUGCCAAAGAUGUUAAAUUAAGAUUGAUUUCUAGACUAUUGUAAAACAAUAAAUAAUGUAUAGAAUACCAAA